AUGUCCGAUAAUAUUGAACCAAAUCGCAAAAGACAAAAAACCUCACUUGUUUGGAAAUUUUUUGAAAUUCGCAAUAAUCAUCCAUGCUGCCUUUUAUGUCCUACACCUAAAAUUUAUGGUCCAAAAACUGCAACAUCAACAUUACAACGACAUUUAGAUUCAAUUCACAAUCAAGAAGCCAGUUUGAAAACUCAAGAAUUACA